AUGGCGACGCUCAAGCUCUCUACAUGGCUCGUUUUCAUAGCCUGCAGCACAAUCUUAGGUGCUCAAGGCGCCAGCGAGCCCUUCCUGUGUCUCCCCGAGCCAACCCUGGUGAACGAGUUCCUGCUGGCCAACUGCUCAAACUGGACAAACCCGGUGCUCGGUAAACAAAACCCGAGGCAAAAUGGAGUGGCGCCUCUUCAGGUGAUCAAAUGCGCGUCUCUCACGCCCCCGGGGGGGCUUAGCUAUUACCUUUAUCAGGUUCAGCCCCCCAGCUACGCCUGCGAAAGACCCCCCCCAAGAGUGUUUUCCACGCACCACCAGGAGUAUGAGGUUUGGGGCCACCCUGUGACGACAUCCCUGCUUGCGUUCUUUUGUCUCACGAUGUUCAGCUCGUUUCUUGUCGUGGUUGGAUUGGCCAUACCAUACAUCAUAUAUUUCGUGGUUCACGACACCGUUAACGAAGCUCGGCAUGUGGAGCUUCAACCCGUCAGCAAAGAGCCUGCCGGUGCUUGUUCAGCGGGGGACUCAUCAGCUUUGGAGACUGGAGGGGAGAGGGAUCUAUGCGGCGACGAGCAUGUAAAACCUACACCGCUCCGGAAGAUUCUCCUACUGGGGUUCGCCGCGACGCUUGUUCCCGCUAUUCUGGCUGCGCGGUUCACACGCCCUGCGAGAGAAUGCUUCACCUCAAGGACUUGGACUGCCCUCGACGGCCCGGUUGGUCUCCCCGACCCAUCUGAGGGGCUGAACCAGUUUUUGCAAUCUGCAAACAUGGGACUGGACGUCGGACAGAACGUUGGACUGCAGAGCGUUAGUCUGAAACCGUGUCAAACGGCGACCCUCAACUUUUAUGUGGGCCAGCUUGACACCAGCUGUGCUCAGUUGGGAGACCCGUACGGUGGACGUUGGCCAAUUGAGUACGAGCGGGAAGGAGAUAUUGAACUCCCAACGUUGGCGCUACCGCACGCUAUGGUGCCUCUUUUGUCCUUCAUGUCGUACCUAAGCUGGCUGCUUUUUCUCCUAAUCAGCUACGCUCCCCAAUUUGGUCAAGGCGCCAGCGAGGGCUGCUUGGCUGUCCCCGAGCCAUCCCUGAACGCGUUCCUGCUUGCCAACGCCUCCAACUGGACAAACCCUGUGCUCGGUGAACAAACCCCGGGGCAGACUGGACCGGCGCCUCUCCAGGUGAUCAAAUGCGCGUCUCUCACGCCGCCAGGGGGGCUUAGCUACGACUUUUACCAGAUUCAGCCUCCCACCCAAGCCUGCGAGAGACCCCCCCCUAGAGUUUUUUCCACGCACCACCAGGAGUAUAAGGUCUGGGGCCACCCAGUGACGACAUUUCUUGUUGCGUUUGUUAGUCUUACGGUUUUCAUCACGUUUCUUGUCCUGCUUGGGUUCGGUAUCCCCUACUCCAUUAUCCGCCUUGUCCAAGACGUCAAGAAGGCAAGUGAAGGGCAUGUGGAACUUCAGGCUGUGAGCACAUCCUCAUCCGAAGCGCCUUGCAAUGCUUCGAUAGGUUCGGAAACAGUAGAUCCAGCAACUGAUUGGAAAAAAGUUGUCUGGGACGCCUUACGCGACGAGCGAGGAAACCCUACAAUGCUUUCGAAGAGAAUCUUACUAGCUUUCGCGGUGGCCUUCAUACCAGCGGUUUUGGCCGGGCUGGCCACACCCCGGGCAAGCAAAUGCUUUACUUCAAGGACUUGGAGAGGUCUCGAUGGCCCGGUCGGUCUUCCCGACCCAUCUGAGGGGCUGAACCAGUUUCUGACCACUGCAAACGGUGGACCGCGGAACCUCACUCUCAAAGUGUGUCAAACGGACACGCUCAACUUCUACGUGGGUCAGCUUAACACCAGCCGUGCUCAACUGGGGAAUCCGUACGCUGGGCGUUGGCCGAUGGAUUCCGAACGAGAGAGAAAAAUCGAAAGUUUCUUUUGUUCGUAUGUGAAGCUCUCGUGUGCCGGACCUAUUGUUAUCUUUCUUUAUCUGCUUGCUUUCCCCGCAAAGGUGGGGCAGCUCCUCACUCGAACCCGGGCUACCGGUGCAUAA